AUGUCAGAAGUACCCACUGACGAAGAGAAACUACUCUACUUCGAAGAGCGCAACAACGAUCAGAAUGAAUCGAUAAUAUUCUUACAUGGUGGGGGAGGCAGUCAUAUUGAAUGGAAAUCGGUUGCUCCUCAGCAAUCACUGUCCUCUUAUCACCUGAUUCUCGUCGACCUUCCGAUGCACUCUGGAUCCUGGGACAUCGGGCGUCCUCUCACACUCGCAUCAGCUGCUGAUGAAGUAUCUAAAGUCAUUCAAAAGCACGCACACGGCGGAAAAGCACACGUUGUCGGUCUAUCUCUGGGUGGUUUCAUCGCUCUCACUCUCACCUCUCGCCAUCCCGACGUCGUGUUGUCGACGUUCUCAACAGGCGCUUACCCAUAUAGAGGAAUGUUCAAGUGGUUCAUGGAGCACCCGAUGGCCAUGUCGAUUGCGAAUUGCAUACAGAACAUUCCCGGUGUGCUCGAGGCAUCGUUUCGACGGCAGGGAAUUGACUAUGAAGAAUGGCUUGCCGAAGGGAAGAAGAACCAUUCACCGGAGAGGUCCAAGGCGAUGAACAAGGAGCUCAGUGCCUUUAGUAUGGAGGACGUCAAAGCUAUUGCAGAUUCUGGGGUCAGGACUUGUGUUAUCGCGGGAGGGAAGAUGGAUCAGAUUGAACCUGUACGAGAUAUGGGUGCUAUUCUGAGAGAGGGGGGAGAGAAGAAGGGAGUUAAGAAUGAGGCUGUCGUUGUGAGGGAUGCUUAUCAUCCAUGGCAUUUGCAGUUGCCAGAGUUGUUUGCCGCUGGGAUUGCUGCUUGGGUGCAGGAGAAAGAACUGCCCAAAGAGUUUGAGAUCUUGUAG